AGGCAGGCCGGUUUCAGCUGGUGUGUUUCCGUGGCUACGGCCCGACUAUAUAUUGGUGCAGUCAGUUUGCCGACUACAUUCAGACAGCGUGGAGCAGCCGGUGGGCCAUUAAACACGGAGUUAUUUCAUUUCCAGGAUUCUGGUCUAAUGGGAAAAAAUCUUUGUAAAUGCUUUUUAAGACUUCUCGCUUGAGCAAAGCACACACUGGCCCUGGCCUUGAGGUUUAUCUGAAAGGUUUCAACUUCACUGGUGAACCGCCUUGGGGCCUCUGAUUCCCUUAUUUAAAACAUUUGAUAAUUCCAUCUCUUUCUGUCCAAUUUCUUUUGCAUUCACAUUUUGAAUCGUGACCAUGACUUCAUUUACUUCCACUGACUUUGACUUCACCUCCCUGGAGGAGGGGUUCUGUGCACGGGAUAUUGUCGAGCAGAAGAUCAAUGAGUCUUCCUUAUCUGAUGACAAAGAUGCCUUCUAUGUGGCAGACCUAGGAGACAUCUUUAAAAAGCACCUUAGGUGGGCUCGUGCCCUGCCUCGUGUCACACCUUUUUAUGCAGUCAAAUGCAACGAUAGUAGGGCUGUUGUCAUGACACUGGCAAUGCUGGGAACAGGCUUCGACUGUGCAAGCAAGACUGAGAUUCAGCUUGUUCAGUCUCUGGGAGUGGACCCCUGCAGGAUUAUUUAUGCCAACCCCUGUAAGCAAGUGUCCCAGAUCAAGUAUGCUGCUGCUCAUGGGGUGCAAAUGAUGACCUUUGAUAGUGAAGUUGAACUUAUGAAGGUUGCUCGUUCCCAUGACAGUGCUAAAUUGGUGCUGCGUAUCGCUACUGAUGACUCUAAAGCCGUGUGCAGGCUUAGUGUAAAGUUUGGAGCCACACUGAAGACCAGCAGGCUGCUUCUUGAGCGGGCUAAGGAGUUGGGUCUGGAUGUUAUUGGAGUCAGCUUCCAUGUUGGCAGUGGCUGCACUGACCCAGAGACAUACACCCAGGCUAUUGCAGAUGCACGCUGCGUCUUUGACAUGGGGUCUGAAUUGGGCUACAGUAUGACCCUGCUGGAUAUCGGUGGUGGCUUUCCUGGCUCUGAUGACACCAAGCUAAAGUUUGAAGAGAUUACCCCCGUGAUCAACUCUGCACUGGAUAAGUACUUUCCUGCAGACUCUGGAGUCAGGAUCAUUGCCGAGCCUGGUCGAUAUUAUGUUGCAUCAGCUUAUACUCUAGCUGUCAACAUCAUUGCUAAAAAGGUCAUAAUGAAGGAGCAGUCUGGCUCUGAUGAUGAAGAUGAUGAAACCAGUGACCGAACACUUAUGUAUUAUGUCAAUGACGGUGUUUAUGGAUCUUUCAACUGCAUCCUUUUUGAUCACGCGCAUGUCUUGCCUGUUCUGCACAAGAAGCCCAAGCCUGAUGAGCGCAUGUAUCCAUGCAGUAUGUGGGGUCCUACUUGUGAUGGCCUGGACCGCAUUGUAGAGCAGUGUGACAUGCCUGACCUACAGGUUGGAGACUGGCUGCUGUUUGAGAACAUGGGUGCUUACACUGUGGCUGCUUCAUCCACUUUUAAUGGUUUUCAGAGGCCGGACAUCUAUAAUGUCAUGUCCCGAUCAGCAUGGCAGUGCAUGCAGCAGAUUCAUGCUGAGGGCUUGCCAGCUAUGGUGGAGGAGCAGGGCUCUGGUAACAUGCCAGCUCACUGUGGACGUGAAAGCAGCCUGGAGCUACCAUCUAAGCCCUGUGCUACUCGGGUCCUUUAAGUUACCUUAAUUAAACAUAUCAUGAAUAAAGGCUGUUCAGUGCAUGACUUGGUCAAAUCAGUGGACAACAGGAUCAACAGCAAAUACUGACAUCAGCUAUGUUUGUUCCUGUUGUUGCUGAAUAGAACUGGUUACAUAUUUUACUAUAAUAAAACACUGUGAUCACUCAAGGGCCAUGCCGCAUUCUCCUACAAUAUUUAAGAUGCACAACUUUUUUUCUUUUCUUUUCUUUACUUAUAAAUGUAUUAUUUGAUUAUUGAGGGAAUAGAGAACAAAAGCCAUCUUUGCAUUUCAAUGUUAGAUGAAGGUCUACUGCUGUGUAAAGCCCACGCUCCUAAAUAUGCCACAAAUUAUGCCAUUUAUUAAUGUAUUACUAUUCAAAUGCAUGUAACCACUACAAUGGACCACUUCAUGCAGAAGCCUGGGACUUUUUGGGGCUGGGAAAAUCUUUCAACCGAUUUACACAGACGCUGCACAUUCCUUUCUUGUUCUUCUAUUUUACAAAUAAUUUUUUUUAACACUUUUGUAAGUUAAAUAGUUGUUGAGUAACAGUUCAUGAUAUGAUGCAUUAGAAAAUGGAUACGAAAGAGAUGGGAUUGCAUUCAUUUUGCUUUCCUAUGGAAACUUUUAAGUGUUUGUAUUUUAUUUUAUAAAUAAAACGGGUGUAAAAUGUA